GUCGUCCGCAUGAUAUCAGUGUUUCGGUUUUUCCACGGGAAAGAAAUCCAUUAGCAGUUAACCGUGUGAGUGGCCGGAGCUAACCGUCCACAGCUCACUGAGGACAUCCGCCCCCAUGUUGGAGGGGCGGUAGUCUGGACCCAGUGUCCCCUCUUGUCGUCACAGCAGCUCCGUAUAAACGCUCUGUGCUCGUACCCGCCAGCGGAGCUACCGACUUUUUUCCGCGCCGUACAUGACGAACCCAUCCCGUACAUAAGGCAGUGUAUCGACAAGAUGGCCACGGAAAACUUCGAACUGAACGGUGAUGCUGACCGAAACGCCGAGGCGGAGGUACCGCUGCGAGGCCGAUUGAGGAGGCCAGAACAACCCCUGAACAUGAACCAUUAUGCCAAUAAGAAGAGUGCGGCAGAAAGCAUGCUGGACGUGGCUCUACUGAUGGCUAAUGCCUCACAGCUGAAGGCUGUGAUGGAGCAAGGACCAGGCCUAAACUUGUAUGUGCCCCUCAUUACUCUCAUUAGCAUCUCUCUCAUCCUACAAAUCGUGGUGGGAGUUCUGCUCAUCUUCAUAGUUAAGUGGAACCUGAAUGACGAAAAUAUGCACUACAAGCUGAACAUCAUGGAAAAUGUGGCCACAGCCUUUGUCUUUGUAAUAGUCGUAGUCAACGUCUUCAUCACAGCCUUCGGUGUCCAGUUGCCCACCUCAAGUGCUUAAUCACCCUUUACAUGUCUCUCCAUGGCUGCCGAUCAGCUUAGUAAAGAUGGACCUCCACCUAAUUCGUACAAAUCGAAUGGAUAUUUACUCACCAAACUAAAUGACAUGAAGGUGCAUUUGCUAUUCUGUAAUUCAAUCUCCCAGGGUUGAGGAGACCCAGUUUACCCUGGGGAUCAAGUGACCACUGCUGUGUGUGUGUGUGUGUGUGUGUGUGUGUGUGUGUGUGUGUGUGUGUGUGUGUGUGUGUGUGUGUGUGUGUGUGUGUGUGUGUGUGUGUGUGAGUGUGUGUGUGUGUGUGUGUGUUAAAGGGGUUCCCUUCAUCUCUAACCAUGUCUAUGUACAAAUGUGUGGUCAGUUUAUUUCAUAUGGCAAUUCUCCCUUUCGUUACCUCUCAUCAUGCUCAGGUUACCAAUGCAAAUAAAUGAUUGCCUUUACUUAUAAAACAAAUAUAUCAGGAGCCAUAUACUGUGUGUCAGUCACAACCACUGUGAAUGUUUCCUGGAAAUAAACAAACAAAAAACAUUUUGCUGUUAUUUGGAAGUUUAAGCUUGUUAAUAUGUGUCAGCAUAAGCAUAAUGUAUACAUACAUCUUGUUUAGAAGAAAAAAAAAAAAACUUAAUCACCACAGCAAAAUCCAAAUGAAAUUCUCAACA